AUGAGCGAGCGGGACGAGAACCCGCGGAGCGGCGGCUGCGACGCCCUGUUUUCGCCCCCGAGAGCCCCCGGCCGCGCGUCCGUGCUGCUGCAGGUGUCGGAGAAGGAGAACCUGCCGCCCCGGAGCGCGGCCCAGGCCGCCAAGGUGACCUUCCAGACGCCCCUGCGGGACCCGCAGAUGCGCAGGCUCCUGAGUCCCCGCCGCCGGGAGGCCCGCCCGGGCCUGGACAGCGCUGAGCGUCCCCGGGACAGCACGGCAGGCCCCGAGGCCCAAGCGCACAGCCCACAGCUCCCCGAGGAAGCAGAACCUGGCCUGGCCCCUGGCCCUCAGGACGGAGCGGUGCCAGCGGGAGCUGCAACCUCAGACUCUGAGCCUGGCUGUGGCGACCCUGCCUGCGCCCCCUCGGUGGGCCCACCGCCCCCCAGCCCUCCGCAGAGCCCAGUCAGCGUGGACCUUCCAGUGACAGCUCCAGCCCCGACCUCUGGGGAGAGUGUGCUCCCACCUGCAGAACCCCCCAAGAGCAGCCUGGAGGGGUCCAAGGCCUCUGAAGACUUGCCCAGCCAGCAGGUGUUGGCAGCCGCCACAGGAAGCAUCCCAGGCCUUGCAUCCGCCGAACAGGCCCCAGAACAGAUUGCAGGAGCCCAGAACCAGCGGAUGCCCCUAAGGGUUCCGGAUGCCUCUGCUCCCCUCAGCCAUCAGGACAGUGAACUGGAGCCCCCAACCUGGGAUCCAAAGGAUGAGCUCUUCCGAGACCCAGCUGAGGUUUUAGGCACGUGUGUGGAAGUGGACUACCUGGAGCAGUUCGGGGCAUCUUCGUUCAAGGAGUCGAGCCUGCGGAAGCAGUCACUGUUCCUCAAGUUUGACCCACUGUUGAAGGAGAGCCCUGUGCGCCCUGCACCCUCCGAUCCCCAGGCCAGUGCUCAGGAGGCACCCGUACCCAUGGCCACCCCCCAACCCAAGUGCCCAUCUGAGGCACAGCUGCUGACAUUUGACUUACUAGGAGCCCUGGAUGUGCCCGUGCCCAAGCUGCCCCCACGCGUGCCCUGCAGACCCAUCAUGGACAAGCUGCAGUGUAGCCAGAAAGACAUGGAUGCUAUGGUGGAAGCUGCCUGGAAGGAGAAGCUGGAGGCAAAGGUUCUGGAGAUGGGGAUGAUCAUGAACGAGUUUGAGAGCAUAGCGUACCAUGCCCUGGAGGAGGCUGAGAAACAGGAGGAGCUAUCCAGAGUGGAGAGCCAAAAGGCGGAACAGCUGGCCACCAACCUGAAUGCCAUGAAGAAAUCCCUCUUCGACUUGCUGAAGAAUGAGGAGUCCCUGAAAAAGAGCUUGGAGCACUGCAUGGCGCACCUGGACAGGGAGAGACAGCGCUACCAGGCACUGAAGGCACAUGCUGAAGAGAAGCUCAGGCUGGCCAACAAUGAGCUCGCAAGAGUGAACAACGAUGCCUGCGCCACCAAAGCCAGUCUGCAGGCAGAGCAGAUACGCACACAGGCACUAGAGAAGGCCCUGGAGCAGAAGGCCCUCGAAAAUGAGAAAUUGACUGUGCUUGUCUCCAGGACAUCGGUCUGA